AUGUCUCAAGGUCAAUGGGUUGCGAGGUCGGGAGGAAAGAAUGUUGAGGUGGCAAAGCCAAGGUUACGCAUUACGGUUCCAAGGUUUGACAACACGGAGCUUAUUGCAAGCUACUCCAAAACCUUAAUUGGUCGGUGUAUGAAUCCCCACAAGCAAGAUAUGAAGAUCUUGCUGUUCAUGCUCCCACGCAUUUGGAAUGUGGAGGGACGGGUAGCUGGUGUGGACCUCGGGUUGGGGAGGUUCCAGUUCGCCUUUGAUCUGGAGGAAGAUAUUGCGGAGGUGCUCAAGAUGGAGCCUUUCCAUUUUGAUUAUUGGAUGAUAUCCUUGGUGAGAUGGAGGCCUGUGUUGGAGCCAAACUACCCGUCAAAGAUCACUUUCUGGGUCAGGGUUCUUGACAUCCCAUUGCAGUUUCGUGCGGCAGAAACUUUCCAAAGCGUGGGAGAAGCUAUUGGUGUGGUGCAGGGCCCGGUGGACCUCGCUGGAGGAAGAGUUCGCGUGGAGGUAGAUGGCUUCAAACCUAUGGUUUUUUCGAUGGAGAUUGACUUUGAAGAAGGCGUGGAGAUAACGGUGGCUCUUCGGUACGAGAAGCUUUUUGGCUUUUGCAGAGAGUGUUCUAGGCUAACACAUGAGCAGGCUCGUUGCCCAAGUUUGAAAAAGGAGGAUACGGUAACGACGGUAGCUGGGGGAGCGGGGGAUGAAGGAACAGGGGAUGAUGGAUCCAAUGCUACAAGCUUCAGAGCUGCGGUAAUUCAUGGUUCUAAGACACAGGGAGAUAGGAGAGAUGGGCAGUCAAACCGGUCUCAGAUGGCUAAGGGUAUGGAUAAAGGUAAAGGCAUUGCUCGUCAAAAGCAAGGGCAUUAUAGGAAGGAGGAUGCGUACCACCCUUAUAGAGAAAAGUUUUUAAAGGGAUAUGGUGAAGGAUCUUCCUUCAAUGGAAAACAAUCAGGCUAUGGGGACAGAAGGAUGGGUGUACAGCUUAGGGGUCAACAUGAAGGUGAGACUCUAUCCAAAAACCCAACGAAGCUAAUGCUUGAUGCUUUUAAAGGGGUAAAACAUGGUUCUGUUAUGGAGGUUGCUCCGGUAGUAGCUCCGGACGAGAAGGGAUCUGGCUCCAAUGCACGCAAAGCUCUAUUUACUGAGGAUACGGUUCCUGUUGCUUCGUUGGUGGCUCAGGCGCAGGAAGACAAACUUGUGGAAGAGGCCAAGGUAAUGCGGGAACAAGGUGAGAUUGGUGAGGAGCUAAACGAGGUGGAUGAGCAGAUGUUGCACUCCCAGGCGCUAGAUGAGGCAAAUCUGAUGGUGGAGGGUGUGGUUCUGUCUGAUACCGAGUUGCUCCUGGAGGAUGGUGAGGAGUUAGAGGAUUGGGAACAAGGGGAGAUUAUGGAUUUUGCUGAGGAAGAGGAGACAAAAGUUGAGAAUCAAGAAGACCUCAAACAAAACGAUGUAGUUCAUGUCCAGAAGGAGGCGGAGGAGCAGAUGGUGGAGGAUACUGCUGAUGAGAAAGAAAUCAAGAAGAAAGGUGGUAAGCUUGAGUCAGGUGCGACAGGAGGACCGUCCAAGAAGCGUGGAGUGCCAGGGUUUGUUUCCCCUCGCAAGAAGCUCUUGGCUUUGGCUGCAGCAAAACAGGGAGAUAAAGCGAAGAAGGCUCCCCCAAAGCCAAAGCACUCGGCAGCUUAA